AUGGAGACGAGGAGCUGUACGGGGAUGCCCCCUUUGGUCUGCUGCUUCCAUUUGUUGCGGAUGUGGCCCUUCCUACUUCUAGCUUCAGCAGUACCACCACACAGUGCUUGGUCUCUUCGCCCCCAGGGUCUGUUGGCAGCACGACCACUCUGCAACCUUCGCAGGCCCUCUGUGCCCAGAUCUGUUUGCCUCUGGGGCAAGGCUCCACCCCCAGAGAGAGGAUCUCGUGCCCUCUCACUACGCCAGAGGUCCCCAAUUCCCAAAGGGGCUGAACGACGUGGCACGAUGCGGCUCAGGCGCCAAGCCCAGGGGAGUCGGCCGGCCACACCUUCGGGGUUCGAGGAUGUCCAGUCCUCCUCACAAUACCCCUGGGCCAUAGUCUGGGGUCCCACAAUAUCGGUUGAGGAUGGAGGGGACCCCAACUCAGCCAAUCCAGGACUCCUGCCGCCACUGGGUUACACUUUUGUUUCAUCCAGUGGAAUGGUGACGGCACAACCGAAUUCUCACUCGCUGCGGCACAACAAAGGGUUUAACUUGCACCAAACGCCAGCCACGCUCCCACCCUUCCUCUUUGGGCCCCGGGGAGAAGGGGUGGACCCUCAGCUGUAUGUCACCAUUACGAUCUCUGUCAUUAUCGCCCUAGUUGCCAUGGCGAUAAUACUCAAAUUCUGCUGGGACCGGAACCAGAAGCGGCGGCGCCACUCAAGCCAGCAAAGUGGGCCACAGCAGCAGCAGGGGAGUCAACAGCCGCUGACCGAUCUGUCGCCUGCCGCGUUCAGCAUCCUCGGGCCCUGUGGGGACUCGCAGACCCCCCCGCCAGAGAUGACUGAGGCAGGGCAAGUCCUGGAGGGCCUGGACAAGCUCGAGGGGAUGGGGAAGACCAGUGCCUUCCAGCUUAACAGGAUCCCACUGGUGAACCUGUAG